AUGAAAUGGUACCAUACUCACCAUCAUGACCAUGGAGAGAAAGAGGCUUCAUCCGACAUUAACAAUUCUUUCAUGACAUCAUCAUCAACUUCUUCCUACUUGUUGAUUCUGUUAAAGUCUAUUAGAAAUUUUCUUGAAACGAAUCAUCAAAUGGAUGAUUUAGAUAUGGUCCAAGAUGAUUACCGACCUUCAUCAUCAUCAUCAGCAUUCAAUAAUAAUCAAAGAACGCCAACCUCUCAGUUUUCUUCUCCCUUUCCCGAAUAUAUCCCUUUCGUGUAUGGACUCAAUUCUACAACAACGAAAGAACAGGACACACAGAAAUGUAUCACUUACCUCUCGCUGUAUGGGUUUUGGGUUCCCUUUUUGUUGGUCAUGGUCAUAGCCUUAUUGAUUUUAAUGAUUCGUCGAUGGAAGAAGAUGGUGCUGAAUAAGCGUCUCAUGUAUCUCCUCAUCUUGGUUCUCAAUAUGAAUCAAUUGUUUUGUAUGCUGUUUGGAAUUGUUUAUGCUAUCUGUUCACUGCUGGAAGCAGAGGAGGUCAUUACAAUGACAUUCUUCAUGUUACACUACGAAGGAGUGAUUGCAAGUUUGGGCUUGACCAUCUUUUGUAAGACAAUGUCCACUCGAGUCUUGUACAUGAUCUUUUUCAAUAAGGAGCAAUCAUGGGUGCGGGAAGGUCAAUUGAAAUGGAGAAGAAGAUUUGUCAAAAUGAUUGGAAUAAUAGUGACAAUAUUUGGAAUAACAACCUUGUUGAUUGUCAUGCCAACUGUAUGCAUCACAGCGACUGCUUAUUAUUAUCCUGGAGUGAACCAAGAAAUGGCUAGAGAAGCAGCCGUUGAUCGAUUCUUAUCAGAUGCACUUGUUGGAUUGUUGUACAUCAUUGUCAUGACGUUUAUAGGCAUUGUGAAUGGUGUUCUUGUCUUGGCGCUCGUGAGAAAAAUGAUGUCACAAAACUCACCGUUAGCAAGUACAGCUGCCAUUGCACAACGCCAAGCAGCUUGUCGUCGAGUUUUAUUGCUAAGCGCUGGACAGUUUUUUCUAGGGCUUGCCAUGGUUAUUUCAGCCCUUAUUCUAGUUUUUGCUUUAUUUAAUCGAUAUUUGAUCAUUGUUUCAUCAUUUUUGCAAACCUUCAAUAUUGUUGUGUUUUCUCUGGUUGUGGUAUUUUCAUUUGGACCAUUGGAUUUUAUUGUAGCUGAGGGACUAAGGAAGGUUUCACAUCGUCGUUUGGAAAAGCUCAAUUCCAAAGCAACUAUUACGAGAACAACUUGCAGUUCGGAUGUUGCAACUUCCAUUCGAAAUGACAUUAAAGGCGACGAAGAACUACAAAGAAGACCAAGUGACUUUUGUGAUGUAAAGCUGUCUCGAACAAGUAGUGUGACAGCUCGACAAGGCUCUUUAUCCUCCUCAAGGAACAGCAACAAGGACUUGCGUGUCGUUGUGACCAUGUCUCCCUUCUCUCCAGGUGUGGUAUCCGAAAGUGGAGAAGGUGUUCCAGAGUUAUCUUUUCCGCCCACCACUCCUUCAGAAUUUCUAGAAUCUUCAAUCGUAUAG